GUCUGUUACCUGCUUAAGUAGGUCAGUCCUGGUUCCUUGGAGGCACUCUACUUCAUGCUGGUUCAUGUAUGAGUCGAAUGCUGCUCCUUCAGCAAUGGUUAAUUUGCAGAGUUCCAUCUCCCGACUGAUAUCCUGAAUACCGCUCAACACGUUGUCGAUCUGAGCAAGUGUUUGUUCCGCUUUUUGUUUCCAACGCAGUUGCUGAUCAAACUGAACCCAUCUUUCCAAGUACUUCUCCUCCUCUCCAACGGCUGCCUUGAGUAUGGUUAAAGGCUGGUCGGCCAAAGCUAUAACGCUAAGGCGAAACCGCCGUCCAACACCCGAGUGCUGAAUUGAAACAACGCCGGAUGAGUACCGUAAUAUUGCAGAAUAAACGCGAACGAUGGCAUUGCAUACUUUGUCCUUUGUAUCGGGGUCGGUGGUGCUACUCCAUAGGCAAUGACUCUCAAUGAAAGCACACCGACUCAGCACAUCCGCAAGGAACCCUGAGGCUUGGAAAAUUGAUGCCUGUAGGUCCUGGUGAUUUUGUAUCAUGUUUAACCCCACUGAUAUAAUGCCCCAGAUUUUCCCUGCAUACCCCGUAGGAUCACAGCCAACGGCAGCACCGAUAAUAUCUUGGAAGGAUAAUGUCGCACUGACUAUUUUGAGUGCAGAGUCUCGAACAUUGAUAUUAUCUCCCUUUGACCUUUUAAUCUUCAGUCCUUUCCUUUGGUAUUCAUCGUACCGCUUUUUGGUCGUCUCUAUAACAGUAUUUACCACGUCCGCCAUCUCAGGGUGGGGAUUGUCCUCGUUGGGCGUGUCAAGAAGUGCCAGCUUGCGUUGAUCAUCAGGAUCCAAUUUGGCAAAGGCAGCUUGCCACAGAUCUAGCGAGCUCCGCUGAGGUUCAUUUUGGCUAUCUUCAAUCGCAGAGUUGGCAUUAGUGCUAACAGACGGCGCACUUGUCUCUGGGAGUGUCACAGUCACAUUAGAUUUAUCAGUAUCUGAUUGUGGGU